AAGGACCAUAUGUAUGGCAAGUUUUCGCAGCGUUCCUAGGAAGGCAGGCAGAACCAUUUUUUACUUGACUAACUCAUUUUUGCCUAAUACUAUUUGUAGGAUGAGUAAUGGUAAAGAGCUGCCUGGGGCAUUGGUGGAGGAGAUUGGAGGACCUUAUGGAGUCAUGGAAGAACAUGUGGACUUUCUGAAGGAGCGCUUUAAUCUGAUUACCAUGAAAGAGUUCAAGGAAAAUAAGGAACAGUUAUCUGAAAAGAUCAAGUGCAUUUUUAACUGGGCCAACAAACCAGAUGUUGACAGCAAGCUCCUGAAGUGUCUACCUAGGCUCAAAGUGAUAGCAAGUGCUGGAGCAGGAGUGGACCAUUUGGAUAUAAAGAUGAUAUCAAGCUAUGGCGUGAAAGUGGCUAACACUCCUCAUGCCGUCACCAGUUCUACAGCAGAUUUGGCAAUGACGUUGCUUCUGGUAUCAGCCAGAAGUUUUAUGGAGGCUCAUGAGAUUGCCGUGUCCCCCAAGACUGAACGAUUCCAUGCUAACUGGGUAGGAGGAGAUAUAACAGGGAUGACACUUGGAAUUGUUGGAAUGGGGAGGAUUGGAUACAAAAUUGCUCAACGAGCUAAAGCUUUUGAGAUGAAGAUUCUCUAUCACAAUAGGCACCGCAGGCUGGAGGAAGAAAAAUCAGUGGGAGCCUCAUAUUGUGAAUGGCUGGAUGAUUUACUGCAGCAGUCGGAUUAUGUAAUGCUUGCUGUCAACCUAAGUCCUGAAACAGAAAAGCUGAUUGGAAAACACGAAUUUCAGAUGAUGAAGCCAUCAGCUACAUUGAUAAAUAUAAGCAGAGGACUUGUUGUUGAUCAAGAAGCUUUGGUGGAAGCUUUACAGACAGGUCAGAUCAAAGCAGCUGCAUUAGAUGUCACUUAUCCGGAACCACUGCCAAGAGAUCACCCAUUGCUUAAAAUGAACAAUGUUGUCUUAGCUCCCCACAUGGGUACCGCAACACCUGACGCGCUACGCCUUAUGAUGGAAGAUAUGGUUCACAGUAUGAUGGAUGCUGUUAAUGGUCUCCCAGUGUCCAAUGGAGUUACUGGCUGCUGACUAAACAUUUUGUAGUUUUGAUGAUUUAUAUCAGGUGUCUCAAACUCGGACAGAUAUAUGGGCCACACAUAGAAAAAAUUUCCAAUUGACGGUCCGCAUUCAUUUCACAUAUGAUACAAUACAAAAUUUUUGCUAAUAGAAUAUAUCACAAACACCGCAAAAAUAACAGUACUAUACAAAAAGUCCCCCCCCCUCACCCCAUGGUAAUCGUGUUCCCAGACUAACCUCAAUAGUCUCCCCUACAGUACCCCAAUAGUGAUAAUGCUCCCCAAGAGUGCACCCAUUAGUAGCAAUGCCCUCUAUAUUUUGCCCAAUAAAAAUGCCUCCACAGUACCCCCAGUAGCAAUUAUUCCCCCUCUUUAGUGCUUCAGCAUGUAUUAAUGCCCCCAUUAGUGCCCCAUGCAUUAUAAUGCCCCCCCAGUCAUCUGACCUGUAUUAUUUUCCACAUUUAUCUGACUCCUGUUCUCCACCGCUGUCUGCAAUGCAGGGUAAUGGCCUCUUCGGCUUUCUGAUGUCAUUGUAACCUCCUGUGCCAUUCUACUGCCUCAUAGGCUUUAGGCCUAGUGGCCUGAGACCUAUGAGGCUGAACGGCGGGAACAGGAGCUAUAGGCACCCAACUUGGACUGAAGAAGGUGGUCUCCUAGUCCCCCAUGCUCUGCACAAGUGGCACAUGGCACAGUAGUUUUUAUAGAUAGGCAGUGUUUAUUUAGCAGACUAUCCAGUUUAUUAAUAUGGAUGCAUCAGGUGGCUGAGAUGACUUCCAGGAAAAGAGGCAGGCCAGCCUGUAUCAUCUUUCCCCAGGGAGUAUCCUUCUCAAAGUAACUGCAGAGACCCCCAUAAUCAGUCAUCAUGUAGCAUCUCGCUGCUGCCUGCCACUGUGUGAGCAAACAAUAUUUGCAUGUACCUGUACAGUGGGCUCACAGAACAAAUUUUACUGGUGGGCCCAAGGUGCUCCAGUCUGAAACUCAUAGGCUCCUGUGGCACACUGUAAACUGCUGCUUGCUGCAUUGAGGUGUCGCAAUAAAUUUUUCAUUACACACUGUACUUUAUGUUAGUGGUAAAUUUUAGUCAUUAUGUUUUAUUUAUAUAUGACAAAAUACUAAAUUUGCAUAAAAAUGGGGAAAAAAUUGCAACCAAAAAAGA